AUGGCUCAAGUAAAAGAACAGCAAGAGUUCGUCAAGAAGCUCCAGAGCGAACGAGAGAAACUCCAGGUCCUCACCAAAGAAUUCCAAAAAUGUGUCUCAACACGUCAACAAUUCGACGCACAGUUGAACGAGAACGAACUGGUUCUCAGUGAGUUCAACAGACUCAAAUCUAGCGCAGAGGUUUUCAAACUCGUGGGACCAGUGUUAGUGAAACAGGAAGUAACAGAGGAUCAGCACUGUAAAAAGAGGAUAACCUUUAUCAAGGGAGAGUUGGAGAGAUGCGAUAAGAAUAUCUCAGCUUCUGAAGAGAAACAGAGCAACUCUAGAGAAGCACUGAUGAAGAUGCAGCAGCAAUACCAGCAGAAAGUACAGGCUAUGCAGCAGGCUGUUGCUGCUAAGUGAUCUGAAAGACUACUUUUAUAUUUAUCCAUAUCACCUCUAUUUGUGUAAAUUAAUGAGCAUUGGUUUUUUGUAUAAAAUUCAUUACGCUUAAAAUUUGCA